UGGUGACCAUGGUUUGUGAAUUUAGCAAACAGUAUAGGCUAUAAUGUAGGACGACACGGAGCGCGCCACGGAUUGGAAAUGUAGGCAAAACGCAGGAUUUAGCAUUAGACACCUGAAAAGAGUCACAGAGGCUCCCCCCACUGGCGGUGGCUGGGAUCACUUUAUUGUUUUUGACUAGUGGAAGACACAUUCUUACUGGUUUAACAAAAAUAGAUGGCUAACCAAACUACUGGAGAACACAUGCUUGAAGUUGCUAGGUGAGGUUUUGAUUGGCUGAGGUUUGAGAAGCACGACCUCACAAAUCAGACCACAUGGAGGUCAAAGGGCGCCUCAUCACAUCCAUGAGUGUGGGGGCUCCAGAUCAGGACAGCAAGCUGCAAGCUGAACGCAUCUCUGCACUGCAGGAGAGAAAGCAACUCCUGGAGGACCUCCUCAGCAGCCGAGUGGGAGAGCUGAGACAAGUGUGUCUGCUGGAGGCGGAGCUGACCGGGAAGGUCCCACAUGUUUUCCCCCUGGAGACAGGAGAGAGAGCUCCCGUUGUACAGCGCAGGGCUGGCCUGCCACAUAACAACACCAGGGGAGAGGAUGAGACAGGUCAGCGAAGGCAGAUGAAAACAAUCUUCAGUGGUGCUCUGUACAGGCACUCAGAGUCAGACAGGAAUGUCCCCAACAGCAGGAGGACCGUUCACCGGGGAUGCCACACAGAGGACACGGUGAUGUCAGAGAGCACUAGCUCCAUGUCAGAUUCAACAUCCCAUGACAACGAGGAGUCCUCUCCCAGUGUGGCAGCAGACCACCGCUCCAUGUCCCAGCCCCGUCUGUCCCUGGGCAGCCCAGAACACCAGGUCUGUAGGAAACUGUCCCCAGUGGAGAUAUACUAUGAAAUGAGGACGCGCCGUAACUCUGUGACCAGCUCCAUCAGCCCUAGUCAUUCUCUACCAAGGAGUACAUCUAAUGUUGAAGGCAGAAGUGUUCCUGCUACCCCCCUCAUCGCCCGGACUGCCCCAAUCAGUGUUCAUGUCAGAUCGGAUGGCUCUGGUGGGAUUGCACUAAAGCAGUGGUCUGGCAGCCUGGAUGUACCUCAUAUGGUGCCCUUAACCCAGGAAGGCUCCUCCUCAGAGCGCAGAGGCUGCCCGUACAGCUCCCGUGCCCGGCGGAGCAACAGUUCUGAGGCCUUGCUUGACCGCUCCAGUCUCCCUGAGGACCCAGGCCCCAGGAACGGGAUGCCCGCCAAAGGAGGGCCUUACAAAAGCUCAGAGACCCUCACUGAUGGCAAGCUGAGGCACAUCCACCUGGGCAGUCCUGAGAGACACAUGGACGGCUCUGUGGAGCAGGGCAACAUGCGGCUGUCCAUGGGUGGGAGAGGAGAAGCAGGGGGAGGGGGUUACAACGAGCUCCUAAUGGAUUACAUCUGGGGGAAGCAACAGAGGAUUCAAGUGCAACAUCAGCUGUACCAAUCAACAGGUAGAAUCUGGCAGGACAUUUCCUCUCCUCGAUCGUCCACUGCUGCAAUGCCUCCUCAAGCCAACGGCUUCUCCCUAUCCCAGGUGCAUCUACCCAGUGCUGCCCCACCCUACAGCCCCAUGGUGAUCCGUGGCUCCCAGGCUGAGCCUCACAGAGUCAAAGUCACGCGGACCAAGUCCUGUGGACCCUUCAUCCCCCUGCAGCAUGACACCAUCCUGCUCUCUGCCUAUGAGUCUCCCCACCCUGCCCCAAGCUCCACUACCUCCUCCAUUCCCAACCUGCACCCCUACCAGACUGAGCUGUCCGGCCCCUCAUUCAAUCACAGGCCUCCCCAGUUCUCUCGCCCAACCCCGGAGGACUCUACGAGGAGUCUACAUAAAGCUCUGGCGCUGGAGGGUCUCAGAGACUGGUACCUGAGGAACGCCCUUGGCUACCCUACUACCACGUCAAAGGGGCAUGAUUCAGGGGUCUCCCGCCUCUCACACCCCCACCCUUUGGUGCACCAGGCUCAGUCUAUACAAGGUGAUCCACUCCAUAGGUCCCAGAUGUCUCAGUCAGCCAGCUUCCAUGGCCACCCACUGCAUGGAAGGUCAAUGGAGUUCUCACUCUAUCAAGAGCCCAUUCAUCCUCAGAUGCAAGACAUGACUCCGAAGGAGCCCAGCGCUGACCCUGGCACAUUGGUCUAAUGUAGCUGAAUCAUUUUUUAAACGCAUACUUGCACACACACACACACACACCCACACACACACACACACACACACACACACACACACACACACACACACACACACACACACACACACACACACACACACACACACACAGAGAUCCAGACAAUGUAAAAGGAGCUAAUAUAAGGUGACCUCACAAGCUAAAAAAAACACAUUACAACCCCAGCAGAAAAAGACUGUAAAGCCGUUCUGAAUGCCCUGUUAUUCUGUAGCUACCGUAUACUGUAUUGUAUUCUAUCGUUGGUCAGACCCAAGCCACAUGUAACAAACAUCCUCCUUGUUUAACCUAACAAAUCUCCCAAGAUAUAAUUUUUUUACAGAAUAUAGUAUAUGUAUUCUAAAUAACUAUUUUGUAUCUUAUGAGGUAUAAAGAAUAGAUAUAGAACAGGUCAUUUAUUGCUCAUUAGUCUUGUGAUUUACAAACAUAUGUAAUGAACUCAUAUGAUCUAAAAAGUAUUUAGACACCAGUGAAUGUGUAAAUGUACAUGUUUGUAAAGAUGAAUAUAUUACAUCUGUCUUAUCUUUUCAUCUGUCCAUCAAACAUGCAUUGGCUUGCUAUUUCUCAUUUUUGUUAAAUGAAUGGGGACUUACAUUGCAAUAUCGUAGACUGAGGAACAGGAGCUGUGGCUCUGUGUUUAAAACAGAACCCUACCUUUUGUAAAAACGUUAGUGCUUUCUAAUAAUCUGCAAUGCUAACACUAAUCCUUUCAAAGCUUGGUCUUCAAUCAACAAAUGAAAGUAAUGCCUGUUGUUGCCAAAUUGAGUUGUUUCAUGCAAUCUCAUUUUUCUGCAUUUUCUGAGUCCAGCUGCUGAAAUGUCAUAAUAGUAAAGUUCAGAGGGCUUUUACUGGUCUAGGACAGUCGUUUAAUGAACUUUCUAGUCAUUUUUAUUCAUUCAGUUGCGUAGCAUGUUUUCUUUCAGAGCACUUUAUGAAUGUCAAAAGCCUUAACCCCUCAAAAGCAAGUAGAACAGUGGGAUGGGACAUUUUCCCCAAGAGAGAACACUUGAAAACCAGAAAAUGGUUGACAGGGUAUCAAGUUUGAGCAAAUAAGAAAAUGUGUGGCCCAAUUGGACAUUCAAGAUCAACAAUAAACCACAUAUUUGGAUCUGUAUAUAUCAUGAUAAUGAGAAAGAUUUGACAAUAAAUUCCUUUUAAAAGGAUCUAACAUGAACAGGGCUAGGGAUGGCACUGCUGAAUGAUGGCAUGAGCAGGCCUUAUGUCAGAACUGUGCUAGUAGGAGAUUCCAUUUCCAAUGUAUCAUGUUGUCAUACGCUACUCCUAGUGUUGGCACAAUGUGAUCAUAAUGAUAAAAAUAUUUUAAGUCAUUA